AUGGCUCGCGUCUCGCUCUUCGUGCUCCUGGCCUUAGUCCUAGCCUUGGCCGUCUCCCACGUCCCUACUGCUUCUGCUUUCAACGCUGCAGGGUCGAUUCGUCUCGGUCUUUCCAAAAUCUUCCUUCCUCACCGGGCGCCGGAUGGUCCCAUACCUUCGUCUUCAUGCAAGAACAUUGAGUGUCCGGCGUACCAGUUAGUGCACGAAGAGUCGGACUUCCAGAUUCGCCGCUACAGGAGCAGCGUCUGGGCCGAGACGGACCCAAUCAACGAGGUGUCUUUUAAGAAGGCCGUUUACGCUGGCUUCCACAGGCUGUUCCAGUACAUUCAAGGUCGCAACGACGAUGGCGUCACCAUUCCCAUGACUGCUCCCGUGCUCACUACCAUCAAACCCUCCGGCGGUCCCUUCUGCGCGUCCACCUUCCUCGUCCGCUUCCUCGUUCCCAAGAGCUUCGCCGAGAAUCCCCCCAAGCCGGCUUCCUCCCUUAACCUGCACAUCCGUCGCGCGCCGUCGCUCUGCGUCGCCGUGCGAACCUUCUCCGGUUUCGCGACGGAUUUCAAUGUUGCACAGGAGGCAGCGAAUCUUGGCGACAGCCUGGCGAAUACCGCAUGGGCGAAUGUUACUGCAGCGUUGGGAGGGGAGGCGUACAGCAUUGCAGAGUAUAACUCGCCGUUUGAGCUGAUUGGACGGGUGAACGAGAUUUGGGUGCCGUUUAGGGAGGCCGACGGGGAGCAGGAUAAGUGCACUCCAUAG